AGAAGACGAUGCUGCCCCGCUUGCCCAUCCGCCUCGCGCCGCCGCUCGCCGGCGUCCUUCGCGGCAUCUGCGCUACCGCGCUGCCGCAAUCCAAGCCCCCACCUCAACCCCUCUCCCCGUCCGACCUGGACGCGAUCUCCGCGCUCCUCCCGCGCCUCCUCUACGCGGGCCACGUCCCCGCCGCCGGCCGCCUCCUCUCCGCGGCGCUCCUCCUCCCGGGCUCCCAGGACGGCCUCCCCCUCGAUUCCCUCGCCGCGCACCUUGCCUCGCUUCCGACACUCUCCGCUGCCUUCGCGCUCCUCACCGCGCUGCGCCAUCACCCGGCCCGGCCCUCGCCGCUCCUGCUGGCGUCGCCGCUGCUCGGCAGCCUCCUCUCCCUGCGCCGCGCGCGCGACGCCUCCUCCGUGCUGCGCUGGCUCUGCCGCCCGGACUCCCCGCGCCGGCCCGACGCCGCCACCUACGCUGACGCCGUCGAGGGGCUCUGCCGCCUUGAGGACCCCAGGGGCGCGCUGGCUGCGCUCAGGGAGAUGGCAACGGACGGGUUGCAGGCCACGCGGGAGCUGCGGGAGGCGGUGCGGGACGCGAUGCUGCAGGACGCCAGGAUCGAGGAAGCGUGGGCGCUGGAGCAGGCGAUGCGCCAGCCGGAGGAGACAGGGAAGCUGGUGGAGCUGAUUGACAAGCUUCUCUCAGAGUGGGAACCCUGAGCCGUUGCACGGUCACGGAUUGAGCUUUCGGUUUUCAUAGAUAGAUUCUUGAUGGCAAAGUUUUAUGCUCGUGUAUUUUUGCACCGCAAGGAAUUUCGAUCAACUCGGCAAAAAAAACUCGAAAUUGUUGUGAUAUAGGAUGAUUUUGC